AUGAAGUACAUUGACGAGUUUGACAUUGAGCUUGUCAAUCAAGCACUCAGUUUUGACACAACUGAUAUGCACAUCCAAGGAACGGUCGACCUUUUUACUACUAAGCCAAUUGGCUCAGACCGCAAAUUGUACAAAACUAUCGACCGCUUGUACUGCAAUAGCGAACAGCAAGAUAAACAAACGGAACAGAAAAGCAGGGCUAAUAGCGAUGUUUCGAUGAGCAAUUCGCCGCCUAAAGACGUGUCAUACAUCUCUCCAGAAUUUAUCCGUUUGAAGAAACGCUCGUCCAGCUAUUCACACCCGACCCCAAAACCGACUGCGCGUUCGCUCAUUCAGAAAGACCCAAUCAACAAGUCGCGCGCUCGCUCUUUCCAUUCGCCAUAUAUGUCUCCUCCGAAGUCUCUUCCGAAAUCUAAUGGCUUUGAUAAGCUUCUGAAUGAGGAGCUUGACAAAAUACCCAUGUUGGACGAUCAAUACUCGCCGUUCGGUCCUCUCAGCCAGCAAUCGUCGAGACGCCUUUUCGCGUACCUCAUUGCUAUUUUAAACUCGGUGUAUCCGGACCACGAUUUCUCGAAUGUGCAGCCAACGAAUUUCACGCUCAUACCUUCGUCCGCGGAACUGGUGCAACGCAUAAACUCGCUUCUUAUAUCGCUCGGCAAGUCAUCCGGACUCGGCUGGAUAUGGCAGACAAUAAAUACUCACAUGGAUUUAGAUGACUGCACAUGUUUCCAGUACGAGCCGGCGCAGUCGUUCCUGAAUGACUUGCCGGGCACCCUAUGGUGCAACAUGUAUUUUGCGUUCAAUAAGAAAAAGAAGCGUGUUGCCUUUAUCAGUUUUUCUGCUACAGUGUUGCAGGACACAGAGACUGCGAUCACGUACCGCAGGACCAGCAAGGUCGGCACUCUGGACGAGGAAGCUGGCAAGUUCGACGAGACGCAAGAAGAGUAUGAUUUGCGAUAUUCCCUCGAGGGAUCUUCCGAGGCCAUCUACGAAGACGUGUUUGAAGACGACGAUUAUGAUGACAUGGACGAGGACGAAGAUCAGUCCUCUGCGAAAGUAACCGGCGAUAUAGAACUAGAGUAG